GCGGGCGGGGCGGUGCCAAGGCGAGAGUGCCUCGCGACACGGCCGUAAAGGCGCGUGGGAGCGCAGCAUGGCGCUGUACGCGACGGCGGCGACGGUGCUGGCGGCCGUGGAGGGCCGACGGGGCUCCAUCAAGGGGCUGGUGUACGCCAGCAGCUUCCAGAACGUCAAGCAGCUGUACGCGCUGGUGUGCGAGACGCAGCGCUACUCCGCCGUGCUGGACGCCGUGAUCGCCGGCGCCGGCCUCCUCCGCGCCGAGAAGAAGCUGCGGCCGCACCUGGCCAAGGUGCUCGUGUACGAGCUGCUGCUGGGGAAGGGCUUCAGAGGGGGCGGGGGCCGCUGGAGACCCUUGCUGGAGCGGCACCAGGCCAGGCUGAAGGCGGAGUUGGCGCGGCUCAAGGUUCAGCGCCGGGUGAGCCGCGACGAGGACCUGUUGCAAGUGGGAUCCAGGCCUGGCACGGCCUCGCAGGUGCCUCGGUUCGUGCGCGUGAACACCCUCAAGACCAGCCCUGAAGAUGCAGUAGAUUAUUUCAAGAGACAAGGUUUCUCCUACCAGGGUCGAGCUUCCAGCCUCGAGGACCUGCGGGCCCUCAAAGGGAAGUGCUUUCUCCUGGACCCCUUGUUGCCAGAGCUGCUGGUGUUCCCAGCCCAGACGGAUCUGCACGACCACCCCCUGUACCGGGCCGGUCACCUCAUCCUGCAGGACAAGGCCAGCUGCCUCCCGGCCAUGCUGCUGGCCCCGCCCCCGGGCUCGCACGUCCUGGACGCCUGCGCUGCCCCAGGCAACAAGACCAGUCACUUGGCCGCUCUGCUCAGGAACCAGGGGAAGAUCUUUGCCUUUGACCGGGACGCCACGCGGCUGGCGUCCAUGGCUACCUUGCUGGCCCGGGCUGGAGUCUCUUGCUGCGAGCUGGCGGAGGAGGACUUCCUGGCGGUCUCCCCCUCCGACCAGCGCUACCGUCAGGUCCAGUACAUCUUACUGGACCCUUCUUGUAGCGGCUCAGGAAUGCCAGCCAGACCGCUGGAGGAGCCCGGGGCAGGCACCCCGAGCAAGGCGCGCCUGCAGGCCCUGGCCGGCUUCCAGCAGCGAGCACUGCGCCACGCGCUCAGCUUCCCCUCCCUGCAGCGCCUGGUCUACUCCACGUGCUCCCUGUGCCAGGAGGAGAACGAGGACGUGGUGUGGGACGCCCUCCAGCAGAACCCAGGGGCCUUCAGGCUAGCCCCCGUCCUACCCUCCUGGCCCCACCGAGGCCUCAGCACUUUCCCAGGGGCUGAACACUGCCUCCGGGCCUCCCCCGAGACCACGCUCACUGGUGGCUUCUUUGUCGCUGUUCUGGAACGGGUCGAGGUGUCGAGCUCGGUCCCCGAGGCUGAAGCAGCAGCACCCGAACUCACGGCCGGCGCUGCCCGACGGAGGAAGAAGAGACGGCGCCGGGCCUCGGCUCUGGGCACGCCGCAGGUCCGCGGAGCCGAGCCUGCUCCGGGGGGCAGUUAGAGCCCGGGCCUCCGCGCGGCUCAGCCCGCAGCCCUGCGUGACAGCUCCGUCCUUCCUACUGCCUGGUCACCGCUCUAGGAAGGAAAGCGGUAACCCUGGCUCUCCAGCGGGGACACGGUGGACUUCCUUGUCCUGGGGCCCCUACCCGGGCCGCGUGCCUGCCGGGGAGGGAGUGCCGGCCGGACCGCGGAAAUAAAAGGCAGGACAUGGUCCACAAAUAGAUCACAGUUUUUUUUUAAUUCUUAAUGACAUAAGCAAGGAGAAAAAUCUCACAUUCAUACGAAAAAUUCCAACUAGACUCACAGGAAUUAAGUCUUUAUUUGUCAUGGAAAGUCCCAGCCUCCCGUCCCUGUCCAGUGCACGUCCAUGUACACACGCACACACACACGCACACACACUCAGGCUGUGCCGGGACACCCCCGGGGGCUCCCGAACCAGCGGUCCUGCCUGUGGGACGGAGGUAAACCAGCUCGGGGCACUACGACUCGGAGGACCGACCUUCCGUCCGGCACCUGGAAGCUCGGGGUCCAGACCUGUGCCCCAACCCCCAGACCGGACAGCGACCGGGGACUCGAGGCGCAGGCCUCUCCCCCAGCUGCCCGCACAGGGACACACGGCCUGCUCUCCCCAGGGGUGGGAGGGACAGUCGCCUGCCACAGCACUCAACCUCAGUCACGGGGUGAGGGGGGACUCAUUACAUCUACGUCACAUUAUUUAUAAAAUAAGAAUUACAUUUUAUAUCGUGUGUCCUGAAGGAGCCCUGGCCCCUCCGGAGAGCUGCCUGGGACAGCGCCAGAGCCUCUUGCACAGGCGUAACUUAACUCUACAGCUAACUCCUAAUCGAUAGCGUUUAUACGUAACCACCUCAGUGAACCAAGCUUGAAGGAAUUUAAAAGGCAAUUUAGCUUAAAUACAAAAAUAAAUUUUUAUUUUGUUAAAAAA